UCCAAUAUGGCAUCUGAAAAUCCCAUGACGGUUGCUGUGUGUCAGCUGAAUUGUACAGAUGAUCGAGAAAAAAAUUUUGAAGUGUGCAAAAAUUUUAUAAGUAAAGCAGCAUUUCAUCAAGCAAAGAUGGUUUUUCUCCCUGAAUGCUUUGAUCACGUUGGUAAUAAUAAGCGGCAAUCUAUUGAAUUAUCUGAACCAUUAGAUGGUCCUUUAAUGAAAAAAUAUCAGCAGCUAGCUUUAGAAAAGUCUAUUUGGCUUUCUUUAGGAGGGUUUCAUGAAAAACAGGGGCAAAAAGAUGAAAAAGUUUAUAAUUCACACAUCAUAAUUGAUGAUGGUGGCAAUAUCCGUGCAGUUUAUAGAAAAAUCCAUCUAUUUGAUAUUGAUAUUCCUGGAGGCAUUCGUUUAAAGGAAUCAGAUUUCUCAAUUCCAGGACAUCAGAUUCUUCCACCUGUAAAGACUCCAGUUGGAAAUAUAGGAUUAGGAAUUUGCUAUGAUUUACGUUUCCCCGAAUUCUCUUUAUCUUUAACUAAAGCAGGAGCUGAUAUUCUUACAUAUCCAUCUGCAUUUACUGUGACGACUGGCAUGGCUCACUGGGAAGUUUUGUUAAGGUCCAGAGCUAUAGAAACGCAAUCCUAUGUUAUAGCUGCAGCUCAGACCGGCAAACACAAUCCUAAAAGGAGUUCAUAUGGUCAUGCAAUGGUUGUUGAUCCUUGGGGUGUUGUGAUUGCUUGUUGUAGUUCUGGUCCUGGAAUGGCUCUUGCUGAAAUAAAUUUAAAUUAUGUCAAUAAAGUACGAGCUGAAAUGCCUAUCUGGUUACACAGACGAGAUGAAUUAUAUGGUUCUAUUUUAAGUGCUAAAGACAGUUUUGAUUCACCAAAUAGUGUUAUGUUUGGUCAAAUUGAACUUCUUCCUGAGCAGUUGUUUCAUAGAACAAGAUUUUCCGUUGCUUUUGUGAACAAAAAACCUGUUGUACCUGGUCAUGUUCUAGUUACUCCAGUUCGGUGUGUUGAGCGUUUCGCAGAUUUGUCUCCUACAGAAGUUGCAGAUCUGUUUUCCUGUGUGCAAGUUGCCCAGAAAAUAGUUGAAGAGGAAUAUAGCACUAGAUCAUCAACUAUUUCUAUUCAGGAUGGACCAGAUGCAGGACAAACCAUUCCUCAUGUACAUGUACAUAUUCUGCCCAGAAGACCUGGAGAUUUCGAGGAAAAUGAUGAUAUUUAUAGAGAACUUGAGGCUCACGAUAAAUCAAAGGAUGUCAAAUGGCGAUCGAAUGAAGAAAUGGCAGAAGAGGCUGAUAGAUUAAGAAAAAAAGUUAAAACUGUACAUAAGUUCUAAUAAAAACAACAAUUUAAUCCA